UCGUGUCACUUUAUUUAGUAAUGUAGUUUUUUGGCUUUUUAAAAGCAGCUGUUAAUUUUCAGAAUAGCAAUAACAUGUAUUUGUAUCACGCAUUUGACUAGCGUGACUUGUAAAUUAAAUUCAAGUUGUAAUAAACCUUGCCGAAUAAUCAUAUGCAAGACAUCAUUUUUCUGCAUCCAGCCAUUCCUUAAAUUUGGGAAGAAGCCGACGUUUCGCUAUGCGAUAAUCCAAGCAUGGAGGCCGGAGAUGAAAUUCAAGAAUCCCCGAUGAUUCAUGGUAAAGAACCGGAAAGACCUCGAUCUGAAAGAAACGGAACUACCAGCAGCCAAACUCCUGGCACCCCCCUGUCUCCAAUGGACACACUGAAUACGCUGUCUAACUUUGAGUCCGAAAUGGAACCUGAUGGACAAGGAAGUUAUUCCUUGUUCCCUGCAUUGGACAGUAUUUCAAGUCUGGCAGGGGCAGCCGAACCUCUGGAAAGUGAACCACCUAAUGAUGUGACUGACAAGCCGAAUCUGACUUGGCUUGAUGCUGCACAGACUGUUCUGGAAGAAGCAGGAAGACCAAUGCAUAUCAAAGAAAUAAAACAGAGAAUUAUCGACAGGGGUUUAGUGCAGUCAAAUGCAAAGUCUAGUUUGGAGGCGGUUAUGUAUCGUGAGACACAGAAAGGGAGCAAGCGUUUCAAGAGGAUUGAAAACAGAAAUGGAGUCUUUGCAUUAUUGACAGAUGAUGAGCGUCAGCAGGCCUUACGGGGAUUCACAGCCCAGCCUUUUAUUUCUACAACUUCACAAAACCAGUUUGCAAGCCAAGGAUCUGGAGGUCCCUCACCAAGCUUUUCUGCCUCAUCUAAUCUCUCAGAGUCACGGGUAAAAGCUAAGAAAGUUCUUCGGAAGAGCCAAAAUGAAAAGUACAGACUGAAAUAUCUGAGAUUGCAAAAAGCUGCCAGAGCCAUGAUUUUUGAGAAUGCAGCACUUUGUGAUGAAAUUGCUCACUUAGAGGAAAAGUUUAUUCAAGCAAAAGAAGAACGCAGGUUUUUGUUGAAAACUUUGCUGCAGUACCAAUCACUGACAGAAGGAGACAUUCACAUGGCUCCCAGUACUUCUUCACACCCCCAGGCAUCUUUCAGCUCAUCAGGAAUUGGGGGAUUAAGUGUUGGAACAACACCAGUGCUGGGACAAGGGAUUUCAGGUGGGGAGGACGGCAUCGGUAAGAAAUGCAAGAAAGAUCGGAAGGACCGAGGAAAAGAAAAUGGAAGGGAGGAUGUGCUGAAGAGGGUUUCCAAGAAAAAGAAAACCGCAGAAUGUGGAUCCCGGCGUCUGGUACAGCCAAUCCCAUUAGACUCGUCGGGUCGACCCGUGUUUCCAAUUGUUUUGGGUGGACUCACAGUGUACAGCUUGGGAGAGAUAAUCACAGAUAGACCAAAUUUCCAUGAUGAGAGUGCAAUAUAUCCUGUUGGUUUUUGCAGCACUAGAAUGUUUGCCAGUAUGAAAAACCCUGAUCAGCAGUGUCUUUACACCUGUCAGAUUAAAGAUGGAGGUGAUGGGCCACAGUUUGAAAUUGUUCCAGAAGAUGAUCCACAGAAUGCUAUCGUUGGCUCCUCUGCUCUUGCUUGUCACACCAACUUAUUGAAGGCCAUUGGGGCUAUAAGGGGCAAACAGCUAACAAGCAUUGUGCCAUCGGGGGCAGAUUUCUUUGGUUUUUCACAUCCUACCAUCCAAAAUCUAAUUCAGAGCUGCCCUGGAGCACGCAAAUGUAUGAGCUAUCAGUGGGUCCGAUUUGAAGUGUAUCGUACAGGAGAAAGUCUGAUACCACAUAGUCUACCCGAGGACGAUGCCUCAAUCAGUUUUGAAGCAUUUCAGAGACAGCAGAGUUUUGAAGAGGGAGUGGUGGAGCAUGUCAUGCCAGGGUCUUUACAUUCCACUCUGGAAACACCACCUUUGACCAUUGGCCCAACAGCUGCAACUAGCAUUGAAGCAGAUACAUUUAUUACUUACAGGAUCCAUUCUCCAGGUAAUCAGACUCAGUCUUCCAUCACUCAUCAGCGAUUGCUUGGACAGCCCCUUCAAGCACCAGCCUCCUCCUCGCAUUUCAGCAGCCCCUAACCCAAAAGGACCAGUGUAUGCACACACUGGGUUCACUUUACAACAUUUGGUGAAAGACAGCAAUCAUUCAUUUGGCUGUAUAUCUAUAAAAACUCUUAUUACGUUUUAACUACAUGGAGAACUGACUGAUAAGAAUAAACAAUUGUUUGAGCAAAGGAAUGAAAGUUACAGUAGCUAUGCAAAGACCCUUUUAUAGAUGAGUUUUCUUUUGUUUAAUAUACUUUGUUAAUCAAUAUGAAUUAAGAUUUAUUGGAAAUACUUCUUUCACAAGUAUUUUGCAUUCUAAUACCAUCCAUCCAUCCAUCCAUUUUCCAACCCGCUGAAUCCGAACACAGGGUCACGGGGGUCUGCUGGAGCCAAUCCCAGCCAACACAGGGCACAAGGCAGGAAACAAUCCUGAGCAGGGUGCCAACCCACCGCAGGACACACACAAACACACCCACACACCAAGCAUACACUAGGGCCAAUUCAGAAUUGCCAAUCCACCUAACCCGCAUGUCUUUGGACUGUGGGAGGAAACCGGAGCGCCCGGAGGAAACCCACGCAGACACGGGGAGAACAUGCAAACUCCACGCAGGGAGGACCCGGGAAGCGAACCCAGGUCCCCAGAUCACCCAACUGCGAGGCAGCAGCGCUACCCACUGCGCCACCGUGCCGCCCUUCUAAUACCAUUAUGUCACAUUAAUUUUUCAGCAAAUUUUAGAAGCUACUGCCAUUCCAGCGUUCCAAGUAAAUGAGCUGCAGUAGGAGAACAAUACUUCUGUUUAACGAUGUCCCAAAAUGUAACUUCCUUCAAGCAUGAAUAUGCAUAUAAUAUGGAAACCCUACCAUUUUUUAUAUUUACGUACAUGGUUGAAGAUAAAGGGAGGCGCAGGCAAUAUGUCAUCUGCACUAUAGAUUAAACAUUUUUUAAAGCUGCAGGGCCAGUUGAACCAGGCAUAGCGAAGCCCGAUAUCAUUUGAGCAGGGGGCUAAUAAACGAACAGAGUUACUUGAAUGAUCCACCACUUGAGCAGUUUCCCAUGCCGCAUACGCUGAGCUGCAGUCAGUCUUGUCAGUGCAACAAAACUUGAGAAAAAAGAGAAAAAAUUAAAUCAGAGAGAAUUUUGGUGUAUAGAUAUUUAAGACUUUAUUACCCAACUAUUUUCCCUCUUGUAACUUUGUCUAUUAAGGUCAAACCACUAAUAUAAGCUGAAUGAUAAUAAAAUCUUGCUGGUUAUAAAUAUUAGAAA